UGCAAGCAUCUCCAGAAGGUAGUGGUAGCCAUUAACGAUGGCGACAUCAUCAGGCCAUCACCGUCAGAAGCACUUCCAACUGCUCAAAGGGCGUGACAAAGUGGGGUAGAGGAACACCCGUGCAACUCGCCAACGUUCACCACUUGCGUUCCCGGCGGAUGUCAUUGCAACCCAGCAUACCGGAGGGUAGAUGCUGGGACCAAUGAUCUGGCAGCAAGGUUUGCUGACUUCGUGUUUCGGCGGUAGACCUUGCUAUGAUGGACUCGCUCCGUUAGGACUGCUCCGGCAUGCUUUCGAUCGUGCCCGCUCAGUACCUCACCAUAGCCCCAGAACACUGCGUUUGCAACCCAGAAACUCCGCACUUCUUGGCUACGGACAGUUCAUCCAUCAGAUCCGCAGUCAGCGCAGAUGGAACUACGACAACCUGAACACGUCAUGAGGGCGGUUGUCGGACUUCAUGCUCAAGAUGCUUGCUCGUGGAGA